AUGUAUGAGUCUUUCAGCUGUCUUAGCUCAGGAGCUCCUGAGCCAACUCUGAGAGAGGGGGGCGACUUAGACGAGACCCGAAGAGAGCCAACACCCACCUUCACUGAACAUGUGGAGAGCUCUAAAGAUAAAAGAUGUAAAAACCUAUAUCCAGAAGAAAAUUUUCCGAAGGUUACAUCUGUCGCUGAGUUGUACAAUACACCAAAGAACUGCCCUCCUAGAGAAGGUGGUAACUUGCUUCUAAGUUUGUCAUCAAUUCCAAACGGAAGUCCAGUUAAUCUUCAAGCUCACAACCUUCCAUGUGUAACCUGCGAUGAUCGCUCGGGUCUGAAGGAAAGCAAACAUGGUGAACACAUGCGUGCUGUGGCGUUAGAUGUCCAGGGCGGGGUUGUUGGAGGCCCGAGUUCAUUUAUGCGGAAGAAAGAGACGGGAGGUAAAAGUCUCCUGUACCAUCAGCUGGAACACAAAACCUCACAUCAAGUUCUAACAGAGGAACUCGGAGGACGUAAAACUCAAACCAAUGACUGGGCCUUUUUCUCAAUCCCUUUAUCUGAUGAGGAACUGCACUUGGGUUCUGUUGGACAACCAUACUCAGGGAGCUGGCCUGAGGGGCCUUGUACACUUAUAUGUGAACAGAGACUGAAGAAAGACAGAUGGCGGAGACAGACCUGUGCCCGUGGCAGUGGGGACCUGGUUACGUUGAUAUCUACAUCCAAAGGAACGUUGGGUCCAGGAAACAGUCCAGAACCAUCAUUAGAGGAGAAGCUCAUGAUAGAAGACGAAAACUUGCCUUCUUCAGUUGAGACUAUCAGUUCAUGUACAGAAACAAGUAUCUUCAGAAACAACCUACCUGCACUGGGGAGCCCACAGGGUGCCUUAGUGUCAACCAAUAAUAAGAAAAGGAGACAGAUAAGGAUUUCCAAUCUGACAUCAAACUUUGACUUAUGGGGACAGGCUAACACUGUAAAGGUAACGGGAGUAGGUGUCCCGUUAACAGAAAGCCAUGGGCUAAAAAUUAUUUGGGGAGCUGAAAAAGAUAGGCUAUCAAAAAUCAAUAAUGAUAAAGAGAAGAUGGAACACCUUAGGACCUUCAGUCAUCAUCCGUUCUGCGUUUACCUUGAUAUUAUCAAGGACUCCCCUCUAGGAACUGGUAGGCAACUCUCUUCUCAUUGCCUGUCGUUUAACAGACUAAAGUACUCUGUGUAUUUCUCCCACAAUCCUAUUCCUUCUCUUGGGCUCCAGUGUAGGUCUAGCUUUUGGAAGGUGUCUUUUUCAAGCAAGAAGCCCCUCUUGACUUUCAGAUCUCACACAAGAGUAGACAGUAAACAAGAUGGCGUAGGGUUGAUUUCUUCAGAAGUCUCAAGUCACCAACUUGAUACAUUAUACGCUUUUAAAGUCGUUUCUGAGCGUCUCUUUGUAAGGGAAAGGCUUGGUGAGAAGCUGAAGAGUGGGGAAGAACCCUUUCAGUGCCUACAAACUGAAGACAACCAAGAUUUACAAAAGACUCCUGUGAAUCCCCUGGGGCUACUGCAAUCACAGGAGUUUGCCUGCCUGCUAUAUGUGCUUGCCUUCCUGAUCCUCCUGGCUGCUGCACUCAAGUGUCAAGAAGAGGCCCAGACCACCGACUGGAAUGGCAUGCAUAAGACAGACACGUACCUGAAUGCCACCUUGGACGCCUUGGGAGGAUCUUUGUUGCCUGCUGACCUCGUGGUUCCCCUGGACUGGCAGACCCUGAGGACGCUCUAUCUCCAAUGGAGAGCGGCAGUCAAGGUAGAUGUGAACACAUGGCUCCCCAAGAAGGCCUCCCCCAACUGGCUUCUAAAAUAA